GGCAAUGCUGAAUGAAACAGCGAAACUUACUGCCUCCUUCACCAUCUUGGACUUUACCUCAGUCUCCCCUCAUCACCUCCUCAAUGUAAAUAGCUAAGCUAAGGAGUGGAGGGUAUUCCAUGAGCUGCCCCCCAGGUGUGCCAGUGGUGGGCUGUUCAGCAGUGUGUGUGAGGGCAGAACGAGCACUGCAUAGUAAAAUGGCAGCUGGAGUGAAAGGAACGUCUACUAAUGAUGACAGCAGCAGAAACUAUGGAGCCUUGUAGUGCCCUGUGCUUGUAUUGUUAUCUGUGAAUCUGCUCAGAGGCUCCUGGGGAAACCCCACGAAGGACAGGCCCCUUCUUGGCAAAACAAGCUGAGAGAGAGCCUCGGGGCCUGUCUACACUACCAAGUUUUGUUGACAAAACUUAUGUCAACACCCGAAAGUCGACAAAACAAAAAUCGCCAAAGGGUGUUCACACAUGCUCCCUCUGGCAGUUGAGGCCCACACUGGGGACGCGAUUAUCGACAGGGUGAGCAAUGCACCGUGGGUAUGUAUCCCACAGUGCAGUGCUGUGGGAAGGAAUCGCUGAUCUCUGCGCAUCUUGGGAUUCUCUCACAGCCCCCUCAGCUGCCAGAGCAGCAUCGUGAGUAGCUCGGUGAGCUCUCUGUGCUGAGGAAUGGCAAAGCAGCACAAACUGUCCCGUCCCCCGGCAGCAAGAGUCUGUGUCCCUAGUGCCGGGCAGAACAGGAGCAUUUCCUGCAGCUUUGAAAGGGCAGAGGCGCAUGCCUGCAGGAGAUCAAAACACUGAGCUGAGCAGUCAGGGCAGGCAUUGUGGGAUACUGGCGGAAGCUAGUUCUGUGGACAAAACAGUCGGCAGUGUCUGCGCUGGCUCUUUGUUGACAAUAAAGGGAGGGGAAAAGACAAAAAUCUCGUAGGGCUGGAUGUUUUUCGUGACAAAAGUCCCAUUGUAGUGUGUACGCUUUGCUGUUUUCUCGCCAAAAGGCAGUUUGGGGGCCAAAACUUGCCCACGUAGACAAGCCCUCGCUUGAUGAUCAAGGACAUUACACUCAUCGGGAAAGGGAGGACUGCGGGAGGAGAUUGGGUGCAAACACCUGGUAACAGGGUCAUGCAGUUUAGCAGACAGACAUCUAAGUGGUUCUGUUCAUGUAAAAUACACUCCUGCUGAUAGACAACUGUAGCUUGGUGACUUGAGUUCACCAGCAGUGGAAAAACUUGCAGCUGAUAAGCUUUGCUCUGCAGUUCCAGGGAGUGCGCUAUCUGGGGCAGCAUUUUCAGGCUGAGCAUCGCCUGAGGGUGGAUGAGAGGCUAACUGUUUGGGGGACUCAAAUGACAGGGCCUGGCCUGCUGUCUUCUCUCUUGUGGUGUGAGUUUUCUGUAUAGUGGUGGUCUGUGAGAGACUGUUAAAUCAAACAGGGAACACAGGCACCUUUGACUAUUUCCAAAUGCUUAAUUCUGAGCCAUGUUCCCCUGGGAAGUAAACAGUUUAAAAACACCUCAGCAGGCUGAUGGGGCCCAAAGCUCUUCUUGAACUUCCUUCAGAGCCUGAAAAAUGUCCGACUUCUCCAAAUCACAGACUGCAGUUUAAAAUUGCCCCUUCUCUGUUGGACCAGUGACAAACCUGGCAGGUUCCGGGUUGGUCUGUGGGCCUCAGCCUCUGGCCAUUGCUCACUUUUGCUGUUGAUGAGCUAGACAGGAUCAGCAAUUCCAAGACUCGGUUCAGAACGGGGCUUUCCCAAUAGAGCAGAGCGGAGGGACUCUGCAGUGCAUGCUCCUACAUCAAACCAAGCUGGCUGGUCCAGUUUGAGGCCUCUCUCUGUCCCAGUGGCAUUCCUUCUAUUGCUUGAGCUUCAGUGUCAGUGGAUCAGGAGACAAUGCCGGCCCCAACGAGGUUACUGUUCUGGUACCUAGCCUUGCAAUGGUGACUCCUGCAGGAGUCCUCCUUUUGUUCUGGUCCUCUUUGGGUCGCUCGGGCAGCUUUGACCUGCAGUACUGUCUCAGUAAUAACUGAGCGUGAUGUGGAGGGCAGCCAUGUAUAUCGCUGUGCCUAUCCCUUCUGUAGAGACAGUGGUGUAUGCACCGGCUACAGGUAGAAACCUUGCAGGAGACAAUGUUGGACGGCUUUGCUGUGAAGAGGAGGGAGCUGGCACUGGGGUCAGAAUGGAAGGAAGAGAUGGGUGAGGGCUGAGUCCCUGUGAGGGAGUAGGCAGGAAUGAGGCUGUGGGCGAGCAGAGCUUUGAAGGUCCUAUGCUUGUGCUUUGUGGGGAAUGGUAGAGUCUGCACAGGUGGCUGGCGACGUGAUGCAGGUUGCUAGCAGCAUCUGGAGGGAGAAGCAGGGAGACCUGAGAGCAGAUUGCAGGAGUUAAGGAGAGGUGACCAACGUGCACAUGAGGGCUUUAGAUCUUGUCUUCACUAGGAAAAGGUUGUGGGAGCUAGAACUUGAGCCCAAGAGACAGUACUCAGUAGUGAUGGCAAAGGCAGCAUUGGGAGGGAUUUGGAGAAGCUGUGGGUUUAUUUGACCAAAGUGCCUUUGAGUCGGUGACCAAACUACUUAACUUGCUUCGUCAUCCUGCCUGUCUAAUGGGCUGGACUCAGCGAGCUGCCUGUGCUAACAGAGCCUAAGAGGAUCCCCGGGGUCCUUCCCUCUGUGCAAUAUGCUGCACUGGAAGCUGCUGAGGAGAGGAGUGUGGGUGGAAGGCAGGUUCACUGGUGGCUCCCUGCUUUUGUUCAGGAGCAGAGUAGUGACCAUGUGAAUUCUGCCUCCCAGCAGGAGCUGCUUGUACAUAUGUAUCUAUCACCCUUUCCUCAUGCCACUGAUCCAGAGAGACUGGCAGGAAGUGCAGCUUUUGAGGACACCUGCUGCCUUUAAUGUGCGAGAGUGUCCAUCUUUGCACCAAGCAGGGGAGUCGUUGAGGACGGUCACACCAGUGGCAGGAAACUAACCAAGUGGCAUGAGAUUUUGCGGGGAAUGUUUGCAACCAUGUCUCCAAGUGCCAUCUCCUCUUUGCCCGCUCUGCCGCAUGCCCUUUGACCCCAAAAAGGUGGAGAAGGCCUCCAAUGUGGAGAAGCAGUUGUCCUCCUACAAGGCUCCCUGCAGAGGGUGCAGUAAGAAGGUGACCCUAGCAAAGAUGAGAUCCCACGUUUCAUCCUGUGCUAAGGUUCAAGAGCAGAUGGCCAACUGCCCAAAGUUCGCUCCGGUGGUCCCAACUUCCCAGCCCAUUCCCAGCAAUAUUCCAAACCGUUCCACUUUUGUCUGCCCUUAUUGUGGAGCCCGGAACCUGGACCAGCAGGAGCUGGUCAAGCACUGCAUGGAGAACCACCGCAAUGACCCCAACAAAGUGGUGUGCCCCGUCUGUUCAGCGAUGCCCUGGGGGGACCCCAGCUACAAGAGCGCCAACUUCCUGCAGCAUCUCCUACACAGGCACAAGUUCUCCUAUGACACCUUUGUGGACUAUAAUAUCGAUGAAGAAGCAGCGUUGCAGGCUGCGUUGGCACUCUCCCUCUCAGAGAACUGAAGGCGACUGCUGAGCAGCGGUGUGGAUCAUUUGCACAGGUCGCCUUUCCGCUAGGAGAGGUGUGACGCUUGUUAAUCCCUCUGCAUUCCCUAGAGAUUAGGCAGCCCAUCUCUGGUUAAAUCACACCUUGUUUAAUAAGGUGAAAUCUUUCGUUGCACAAUGAAAUGGUGAGCGAGCAUGAUCUGGUGAGAGUGACACCGGCUGGAUGGGAAGAGGCAAAGGCGACCUUACCAAAUGUUUGGUUUUUCCAAUUGGGCAUUUCAUAUCCAUAUACGGAGUAUAUAGCUCUAUAUAUUUAUUAUUAGAUGCUUUUUGGCACCGUUGCUCCUCUUAUUUGUUGCAGUUAAUGGGUACAUAAAACAAUGAUGCAUUUUAUGUAAAAUGCCCUGGUUUUCAAUUCUUAUCCAUGGGGUUUUUUUAAAGCGUUGAGCGUUUUUUAACCUCGUAAGAGUAUUUAUUGAAACGUUGGCCCUCCACCCUCCCAAGGGCAUGAGCGGUCUGUUGCUCAGCUCUAUUGCUGCUGCUCACGGAAAGCCAGAGGCAACGAAGCGCAUUGGUCUAAAUCUGGGAGCGAAUCUGCUACUCUCGGAUACCGCUAUGACAGGUCUAUUAAAAAGAGCUAGGUAGAAAUGGGAAGGAAUCCUGAACUGUCCUGCCACUGGCAUUCUUUCACCUUCCUCAUUUUGUACUGGCUUUUGUGAUACUAGAGUUCUUGCAUUUUUUCUACAUUAAUCGGUGUGAGACCUUUUCACGUUUUAUAAAGCAAAAAAAGGCAGUUACUCUUCAUAUUGCAAUAUUUGUGUUUGACUAGGAACAAUAGUAUUUUUAUGGAACCUUAUUAAGAAAAAAGUUAUAUUUUUUAAACACAUGCUGUGGAUUCAAGAACUGGGGUGGGGUGGGGAACUGCUGGAACCUGAAAUUGAGAGGGGGCUCUUUCCCAUUUGCACCUGAGCAACAGAAAGGUUGCAUUGUUUCAUAUUUAUUUUUUGGGGUCAAUUUUUAUUUUUUAUUUUUUAUUUUAUUUUUCAAAUAAAGAUGCUGAUGUGCAGCCAUGCUGGAUCAGACAUGUGACCCAAGCAUGGGAGGGCGGUACUCGGAGUUACUCACCAGUCAUUAACAGGGGGGUUGGUCAAUGGAUCAAGUCCACUUCUGAAAGAAAAUAAAAACUGUGAAUAAGCUACAAGCUGUGUGUGUCUCCAAGAUGCAACGCCCUACAAGUUAUUCAGCAGAGGGGGUGUUCUCUGGGGCAACAGCCCCAUUAGCAUUAGCAUACCAAGGAGCGGGCCAGUUAGCGUCUUGACUCCAGGCUGUUCAUUCACUUCUGUCGACAUGGAUGGGCUGUUUGGCUGGGACUGUGAGGGGGCUGAUCUGGUCCUAGCUUGGCAGAGCUCAGUUCAGCAGUGGUCUGGUGUUUAGAAGUACAUGCAGUACAGUGUGACAAGCAGACUGCCUUCCAUUAUUAGUACUAACUUUAGCACUCAUGGACUUAAGAGACCUAAUGUGUGUGAAUAUGGCGUCUAUAGUGUGCAAAUCCAGCCUCGGGCUGUGGCAUGGAAACUGUGGUUAGGGACUCAGAUUCUUGUCUCCUGUGGAGAAGGAAACCGAUGCUCCUCAGCAGCCAUCCAGAGAUUGGUCGGGUCUCCGUGAUCCCAGGGCAAAGAUUUGGGAGCUCACCAGGAGUGACGCCGGUAGGAUAAUUUAUAAUAAACGUUGCGCCCCAGAUUUUUUUUUCUGUUACAACUAAUUUUACAGCAUUAAAUCGUAUAAGGACAUGACUGCAGAACUCUCCAUUGGUGUGGAGUUAAACCCAGCAUCUGGUGCUGGCCCUGUCUGAGACAGGACACAACUCAACAGGCCCUUUGUCUGAGGGCGUGGCAGGCCCUGAAAUCAGAUAGAGAUCUGUUUGUAACCAGCUAGGUGGCUGAAACUUUGGCCUAGCUGCAUGCAUUCUUCUGGGGGGGCCAGGAGGCUGUCUGGGCAUGCUCAGUUCCAGGCUCUUACUGUAGUGUAGAAUCAGACCAGCUUAGUCUUUCUGCACUGUGAAGAUCACUUCCUUGUUUGCUCCUUGGCCGCUGCGGGCGCCUCUCUGGGGAUAGGGCAGAUCUGACCAAAGGUUUGGGCCGAGCCUGUUUUUAAGGGAGUUGAAAUUCAUUUUGGAAUAGUAUGGCUAGCAAAGAAUGCUGGGAAACAGACUGACUGGAGCAGGGUGUUCUCUCCAUGGCAGGGAGACAUGUCUCUUCAAUUAAUUUGUCCUGCCAGCACGGUUAGGAAGGAAGUGCUGGGAGUUUUGACAGUGUAUUUCCCUGUCUAGUUUCUGCCCAAGUCUGUCCCUUAAACGUCAUUGGUGACAUUGCAUUGACUGUCGUUCAAUGGGUCUGUGUAGCACCGGUUUAAACCACCUCCUUGUACUGACUUGAGCCCUGACGUUCCUCACCUUAGAUGCCAAGCCUCAGACUGAUGCUGCACACAGCCCCUUUCUUCCCAGCCAAGGAGAACUGGCUGCUUGUCAGUGGGCCAGUUCCCAUCCUUAACUGACCUCUGGGAUCCCCACUGCUGGAUCCUCCUUUCUGUAGGGACUGGCCAUCCUACUCCCCAGCACAAAACAAACAAAACAAAGUUCCUGGCUGUUAUCCACCAGCCCCUCUGUUGAUGAGCUCUGGGGAAGAGCCCUGUGGGAGGCAGGGCAAAAUCCAUCUAGGACCAUUUCAUUUCUCGUCUGCUAAGAGACAUCGUGUAACCUCCCUAGCUAUAAACAAAACGGGUAAAUCACGUAUGGUCCUGCUUAGCAAGCUGGAACCCAGCACCCGCCUUUUCUAGGGAGCUGGGAGCUUUUCUCCUCCAGUGCCCUGGGAGGGGCAGUCCUGGUUAGGAACACAGCCCAGCAAUAGAUAACCUUGUCCACUCACAACCUGCUGUGAAAUGUGAAGGGGCAAGAUUCAUCAGGUGCUGCGAUUCGCUCAUCCCGGGGUGUUUGGGUGAUGCUGCACUUUCACAUUCAGGGUGUUUCAAGCCAGAAGAGGCCGCUAGAACCUCUAGUCUGACCUAUGUAACACAGGCCAUUAAACUUGUCCAAGCACGAGGUGUGGUGGCUGGUGGCCAUGUAUUGGCCUCCUGGAAGGGGACCUUUCCUCCAUCUAUCUCGCUUUUCUUUAGCUGUUUUGCUUUCUGGCUCCGUGCCUGGUUCCUGUCCCUUCCCAUCACAGUUAAAAUUGGUCUCAUCACUGGAUCGCUUUUUUGUUCUCUCUUUGCUCUUUUAUCCUGUGACCUUUGUUAUUUGCCACCUGACCUGUCUUGAGUCCUUCCGCCUGCAGCAGUGCAGGAAGCUACCCUAUAACCCCACCCAAGGGAAGGAGCAUUGCAGCUUGCUGACCUGCCUGCUCUUGGUCUCCCAAUAUGGACACACUCUGCUACUAAAGUCCCUGGCUUAAUGGUGGUCUAAUCUCUGGCAUACUGGUUGAAGGCCGUCUGGUGCUGUGGUACCUUGCGGAGGGAUCUCCAUCUCCAAACCCUUAUUUAUCACCCUUCGCACUAGCCAGCACGGUGAAACCUUCCUCCAGAAGAGCUGAGUGGCUCUGCUUGCUGCUGGAUUUGCCCACUGACUCCUUUUUCCUUUGUUGCAAAGCAGCUGCCACCUCCCAGCAUGCUAGAACGCCACCUACUUUGCACCUCACUUUGCUAGUCAGGGACCAAUUGGCAGGCACCUAGCACUGGUGCAUUCCCUCUUAGGGAUGGGGUGCUCUGUUUGACGAAAGUACCACUUCGCACUGAUGCCUGCAGACUCUCAGGGGGUACAUGGCAGCUAGCUAAUCUCAUGGAGUUUGGGAGCUGGUUUGUGCAGGCCUUCCUUUCAGCAUUGCUCUGGCUGCGAGAUACUCACCAUUGCUGCGAGCAGGUCCACGGCCAUGAUAUUUUCAACAUCUCAGUAGCUGCUUCGUUCCAAGCUUGAAGCUUAGUUUGUAAGUUGGUUACCCAUCAUCGUAGCUGAAUGCAAUUGCCUACUGCAAACCCAGGGACUGAUGGAAACUGCCCCCACUCUCUGCCUUUGAAUGUAAGAUGAGAUCAGACAGGGAAAUUCCACAGUACGGUGCUGUUAACCUUGCAUGUUUUGCUUCGCUUAGUUGGGAUGGGUUGGGGAAGGAGGUUUUGUCUGUCUAGCCUUAAAACCCAGCCAUGUGCCAGCAGGCUGUUUUGUCCUGGGUUUGAGUCUGUACUGCUGUAGGUGGAACAUAAAGAGGGCAGCGGAAAUAUAAUCCAGAGGGCUUUCCUUCUCAAACGAGAGCCUUCUACCUUUCACAGAUCUCGUCUGUUCCCAUUUCUCUUCCAGCAGCAUUAAGCUGCAGAGCUUACAUACCUUUAAAGUAGGUAAGCUUUAAUAAACCUACCUAACUUUUCUACUCUUUUAAUGUACUAUAUCGAAUGGGGUACAGUUUUCCACUGGCUUUCAAGGCGUGGGGAGGGUGUCUCUGAAUCUUGUCUUAAUGUGAAUUGUGUCUAACAGAACAUGAGUUUUGGCAGGAGGAAUAUUUUACUUAUGGCUUGAGGGUGGAUGUGCCUGAUCUCUGUUCAAAGUGGUGGCGCAGCACUGUGAAACGCAAACCUUGUACUGGGAACAGGAACAGCAAUGAGUUAGCCAGUGUGAUGAGGAAGAAUCAGUACCCAGAAACCUUGUUAACUUUCUCUAGCCCUAUCUCACCCCAACCUGCCCACUGACAAAUUGCCUUAACUUUUCUGUUCCUCGCAUGGAGUUUCUUCCUGUCUUUGUAUUGUUUGCUGUCUUGUUAUAAUGAGCAGAAUCCUCUAGGGGGAGCAACAAUUACACACUUGCUAGGGGAAGCCUGUCUAGUGUACAUCUUAAGCAGUGCAUUUUGUCAUUCCACUUGAGAUGCCAUUGGAAAAAGCUGAAGCCAUGCGCAUCUUACAAUGAAAUGUGUAAAUGUCUCUGGAAUGUGUGCUGUCAUGCAAGAAAUAGUCAUGUGCUAAUGUAGAAGUCUUGUUUGCCAUAGGUUCAAUUGCACUUUUAAGGCAGCAGGGAUUAGUGGUUAGAGCAGGGACCUGAAAGCCAAGACACUCAAGUCUGCCUCUAUUACUCCACUCACUAGCUGGGUGACCUGGGGCAAGUCGCUUAAUCUUUGUGCCUCAGUUUCCCUACCUAAGCAAUACCCACCUUAGGGAUUAUUUGGGAGGGGGAUGCCCACCUCUGUAAGUGCUAGGGGAUCCUCAUAUGAAAGGUGCUAUAGAAAUGUCACCUUUCAAAAUCAGCCAAGUGUCAGCAAGCACAGUUCAUUUUUCAGCUGUGUAUUCGUUCAGAUCUCUUUUCCUAAGCAAUGUGGUGAUGAUUGUAAAUCAUUCACUCUGUGCUCAGAAUAGCUGUUCGGUUCCAGCUGGCUAAUCUGGACUUGCUAAACGAGGGAACUGUGCUGGAGCAAGGCCGUCUUUCAAUGCGUGCUGGUGUGCAGUAUACUAUGUCGAUAUUUUCAGUGCAAAUACCCAGAGAUGCUAUCAAGUACAUGAAUGUCAAUGGCAUAUGGCUCUCAGACAUGCAGCGCACCGCAGCCUGCAAUAGAAAAGGGUUUUUUCAUAUGGGAUAGCUUCAUGGAUGACACUGGGUUUGAGGCACCUUUCCUACCACAGGUGUCCUAAAGCUCUUCCUACUGGAGUGAGUGAAACACUGGCAGGUGCUGCAGCUGUUCUGCCCUCAGCAGUUCCCCAGAUGUUGAGGGAGAAGCUGGCCAGGAUUUUGGGGUUGUGGAAAAACUGUUCAAAGCAGAUGGGCAGCAGCCGUCAGAUAUGGGCAGAAAGGCCCUUGAUGGAAUGUUUGAACCAAAGGUUGCUAACUGGGCACAUCAAGUCACCGUGCGUUGUUCGGCUGAAAGAGCAGCUGCCGCUUGGGAGAAUCUCCAGGGUGGGUGACUGAGGAACUCCCUGUGCAAGCACAGCAUGUCUCAGCUGGUACUCAGCACAACGCUCAGGAGCCCAGCCCGUAGAAGGCCUGUGUAUAAGUUCACUCAUUCCCAUUCUGGGUCCCUCUUAGCCUUUAAACACUGAUCCAUACCGAGUCUGUUCGUUGUGAAUGUCUUCGCUUCUCACCCUGCUCACUCAAAAUCCAGGCAGGGGAGGGAGUGGGUUGGCGUUCUUCAACCACACUGCGAUCUAGGAGGUGUCUGCCUUCUAGUCCAGAAGCCAUCCUCUCACAGGAUUGCUUCAUGUCCCACUGGGGCCUAAGAGAACUUUCAGCAGUGCCAUUGACUUUGCAUGGGACUCAGGCUCUCUUGAAAAUUUUUCUCCACAUUCCUAGUUUGAAGAGUGCAAUUUUGGGGCUUAACCAAGGUGCUUCCCUGCACCCGUUAUCCGAGUUUUAGGCUCACACUCUAGUAAUACAGGGUUUUUCCACCUUAGUCUAAAUAGUAACAGAAAAUAUUACAAAGCAUGUUUGCUCCUGAGUGGCUAGCUGUCCCUCUCCCACCCGCUCACCCUGAGGAACCUGCAGUCAUCCCUACAACACAUGAGCAAAGGGCAAACACUUAGCAGAGACCAGCUGCUCAGAGGAGUUUCUUGAGUUGGGAGUUAGCUAUGUGGGGCCGUCUGGGAGACAUGAACAAAACCAUAUCCUCAGUGAGCCAGGGGCCUUUCUUCCUAGCUGGUCACUGCUCUUUUCCGCGGGGACAGGUACCUGGAUUUCCUGAAGAUUGUGGUACCUCCUUGCAAUCUAUGCUCUCUCCAGGAAGAAAGGAGUUGAUACACCAGUGGGAAGGGUCUGGGUUCCCUGUUUAUGCCAGUGCAGUAUCCGGCUCACUCCCUCUGGCCUGUACUGUUGGGUCCCAUGUAUAAAGAGCUCAUGCUGCCUUGUGAGCCCAGAAGAGGGGUAGGGGGUGGCAUCCUGAGCAGGUUGCUGGCAAGGACCCCUUUCUGUUAUAUAAAUAAUGAAUAGCAGCAUUUAUUGGCCCAAACUUUGCCCUGGAGAUGGGGAACGGGAAGGUGCAACAGAUGCUAAGAGAGGCAGCGUGGCUGUGUGGAUAGACUUCUGGGGCUGGGAGUUGAGGCCUGAGUUCCAUCCCUGGCUCUGCCACAGCCAUCCUGUAUUAUCUUCAACAAGCCACUUCUCCAUGCCUCAGUUUUCCCAGCUCUAUAGCGGGGGCAAUGAUACCUGCUUUUGUAAAGCACUUUAAGGCCUAUGGAUGAAAAGCCCCAUAUAUGUGCAAAGUGGAUAUUUACUAUGCUCCUGUUACAUCAGUUAUGUGUAAUAACGUAAACUAAAGGGGUUUACACUCAGAAUUCCACCUGUCACAGCGAAUCACAAGUCCUGAUUCUGCUGGAGGUGUGGGACUGUUGGGGCCACAGUUCUGGGUGUCGGCAGAGGAGUCCCCCCUGUUGCGUGUUCUCUGUCGGGUUUGGCAUUGGUGACGGUCAUGCUAUUCAAUGUGGUGUUAUGACUAUUUUGCAUAUGAAUAGAACUUUUAACGAGACAUACUGUUUUUUGAAGAAAAAUCAAUGAUGUAUUUGUAGCAAACCAUUUUUUCUCAAUAAAUGCAGUUUCAUCCA